CAUCACAACACACACAAAAAAAAUAUACAUCUCUUUUGUUCCACAAGAUUAAUUAAAAAUAAAUAAAAAUCGUUGUAAUAUUAGUUUACAUAUCUAGUAGCUCCAUGCACGGCGGCAGUAGAGCGAGACUCGCGGUCGCCCGUACAAAUCCGGCCGUUAUAAAUGUUUCUGCCGGAAAUAUGGGUACCGCGAGCGACGCUCGUGAGAAGCAGCAAAAGUUAACGAAGUUAUUGGUGAAUGUAAAUAUUCAGAAUAGUUUGGGCCCGGUGAAUUUGGUGAUGUCGCCGGAGAAUACCGUCGGAGAAUUGAUAAGGGCGGCGAUUGAGAUUUACGUCAAGGAGAAACGGCGGCCGUUGUUGAAUCGUAGUGAUCCGCUUUGUUAUGAACUUCAUUAUUCUCAAUUUAGUAUGGAGAGUUUGAGGAAAGAGGAGAAAUUGGUCAAUUUGGGAUGUCGAAGUUUCUUUGUUUGUCCAAAACCAAGCACUUAACAUCAAAGAUAUUUCACUUCCAUUUACAAAGCUCAUGGAUUUCAUUCUAUAGCUUUUUAUCCACAUUUUAAACUAGUUAUUUUUGGUUUUAGUGUGUUUAUUUUCAUUUGAAUGUACGUACGUGUGACGUGUCACCUUUUUGAUUAUUUGUCAAAAUUAAUGUAUGUGCUAAAAUAAUGAAUAUAUUGACUCAAUUA